UAUAUUUAAAUUAUCAAUAUUUUUAAUAAACAUUUAUAGUCUCAUCUAGAGUGUUGACCGAUACAGAAGUAAUGUUGACUUGGAGACCUCCAAGUCAAUCAAAUAUAACACAAUAUGAAGUGAUUUUAAAGGUGAUAGAGUCCUAUGGUUGUAGAGAUUUAAACCUAACUACAUCAAAUAAUCGUAUCAUUAAUAUAUCGACAACAGAUACAAUGAUUACAAUUUCUGAUUUACAUCCGUACACAUCUUACAGUGCGCAAAUUAUAGCUCAUAAUUCACAAAAUUCCCACAUGAUAGCGGAAACAACUUUUGCCACAGCAGAAUCUAAAAUACCAUCGGAGAUAAUUAAUAACUUACGAGCAGAAAACGGAAUAUUAUCAUGGGAAGCACCUAAAGAUUGCACGACAAUUUCGGGACCAAUGAAAACCAAAAUAAUAGUAUAUGGGAUUAGUAACUCUGUAAAAAAUGAGAGCCUAAGCGUUAGAAAGAAACUUGACAAACGGAAUUUUCUCAAUUUAAAUACAGUAGAAUUUGCACCUUGGAAGAAAACAUUAGCAGGUGCUGAGCGAUACUUAAUAAAAGUUUAUGUAGCAAGAGAUGUUAAAAAUGAUAAUACAAAUAAGAUAAUAGGAAAUAUUAUAAAUAAAACCGCUUUCGUAGAACUCGAAUGCGAAAUUCCACCAAGAGCUCCACCCAAAGUAAACAAUUUGGAAGUCGUCGAGAUUGAUACUCGUGAAAAACCUGUGAUACACUUGAGAUGGCAAAGACCACUUCCUCCUCUCAACGGCAAAUUGCGUGAUUAUGGUAUCCAGUUAUGUGAUACUGACGAGCAUUGCACAAAUAUGAAAAAUCACACCAAUAAAUCUUGUGAUUUGUGGGAAGAUUAUAUUUGCGAAAAUGUUCAAAAACCUACAAGAUUUUUAAUAAUUCAGGUUUUUGCAUACAAUAUGAACGUUACUGAACCAGGUCCAUCGGCUUUUGUGACUGAAGAAAUGCUUGUUAAUAUAGAACCAGAAGCACCUAGUAAUUGCACUUUCACAAUGAAUAACAACAGCAUAGUUGAUCUAAAGUGGCUUCAUCCUUGGAAAACAGGAGACCAUCUGCGAUCCUUUCGCAUUCAGUUAGUAGAAAUAUCCUCAGAUCUUAAAAAGCGUCUUGUACAAGGACCUACAAAUAAAAACUGGACAUAUGAAUACCCGGUUACUCAAUACAUGUAUAAUUAUAGCAAGCGAUUGUAUUUAUAUCCCUCAACGAAAUAUCUCAUCUAUGUCCAAACGGUGACAAUCGCAAAUAGGACUAGAAGCUCAAAUUCUAUGGAAAUUUAUACGCCAUCAACAAUAUGUUUUGAUGGUGACUUGAAUGUCAGAGUGCAGAAAUCAAAUUCUAUUUCGUUAAAUAUACCGUCUGUUGUGAACGACACGCAAGGCAGCAUGAUGUUCGUUAUUAUAAAAGGCUCUAAUCCUUGCGAUCAACAUUUGAACUUGUCUAAAAGUUUGCAAGUGCGAGCUGGAUUAAAGAUGGACGAAGUCGCUUGGUUAGCUGCUGAAGUUCCGAUCAAUGAGCUCGCUGGCAAACUAUUCAUAGUUGGUGACAAUAAAAUUUAUGGAAAUGCGAAAAAUUGUCCAUUAAAACCUAACGAAUCUUAUGAAAUAAUAGUUAUGAUAAUUGAAGCAAAUUUGUCUAACAAACCGAUUAUACUUGCAAAGUUAAUUCGUACCAGUAAAGCUCUAUAUCACGAAGUGUGGUUUGUACGUUGCUUGGUGUUGGUUUGUACGCUCGUGAUAUAUCUCAUUAUAGCAAGUAUAUCUUUUUACUUAUGUCAAAGGAAAUGUCGACGAUCUACUGAAGAACUAAUGCAGUAUGAAACAGCUUGUCAGAAUAUUCAAAAGUCUGAAGAAGAAUACGAAUCGAUAUAUAUGGAGAAUGAAUACGAAUCGAUGUAUAUGGAAUCCAUUAUAUCAUAUUCAGAACAGGAUCAGUCAGAAAUUUCUGACAGACAAUCCUUGUCGGAUGAAAUUAUUUCGGAAGAGCUAUCAUUUGCCAUGAAAGAUAAUGAAGAAGAGGAAGAAAUGACAUCGUUAGUCAAGGUGAAAGAUUUCGAAGAUUAUGUCAAGCAAGCAAUACAAUCAAGAUUGCUAGAUAAACAGUACAAAAUUCUUUCAAGAGGGCAAAUACAGAAAUCGGAUUUCGGAAAAUUGCCGGAGAACAAAUUGAAAAAUCGAUACAAAAGUCUUACAGCAUAUGACAAAACGCGCGUAGUAUUAGAAAAACUCCCAGAUAAAGCUUACUCCGAUUAUAUUAACGCUAAUUAUAUCACCGGAUAUAAAACGAAUAAGUGUUAUAUAGCAACGCAAAGUCCUAAACUAAAUACAGUUCUCGAUUUUUGGCGUAUGAUUUGGCAGGAAAAUGUUCUUAUUAUCUGUAUGUUGACAAAUAUUGUUGAAAGUGGAAAGACAAAAUGUAUACAGUAUUGGCCGGAUAUUAAAAAAAAGAAGAAAUAUGGCGAUAUUAUUGUAUUAAAUGCAGAGCAUAAUGUCUUUGCUGAUUACUGUUUUAGAACGUUCUAUGUCACUUACGGAGAAGAAACUCGAAAGAUAGAACAUCUUCAUUAUACGGCUUGGCCAGACUACAGUAUGCCAUUGUACACGCACUCCAUAGUCACAUACUUGAAGAAAUUAUUGGCGAUAUCAUCUGGAAAAGGACCCAUAGCAGUUCAUUGUAGUGCUGGCAUUGGAAGAACCGGAAUUAUUAUUUUGUGCGAUAUUUGUCUCCGUCGUGCAGCAGCUGAAAAGAUGAUCGACGUCUUUGCCGAAACAGUAUCCAUAACAAGCGAAAGAGCGAACAUGAUAAAUAACACACAACAAUAUAUACUGGCACAUUUAAUAUUAAUAGAAUGUUUAUUUUCCAUUUCGACUUCUUUACCAUGUAAUAAAACGUUACCGAUGCAAAUUAAGGAAUUAAAGAAACAAUUACCAAUUCAACAACAGAGAUUACAGAAUAUUUGGCAAGAUAAAGUCCUACAACAAGUUACACCUCUACCAUCGCUAUCGGAACGUAAUCGAGCUAAAAAUAGAUUUCCGGAAUUGAUUUCAAAUAUGAAUAAUAGAAUAUAUUUGACGAGAUAUUCGGAAUUAGAUGAGGAUAGUGAUUAUUUAUCCGCUGUUUACGUGGACGGAGUAAGAUUCCAGAAUCAAUAUCUAGCAACGCAACUUCCAAUGCCUUCGACGAUUAUUGAUUUCUGGCGAAUGAUUGCCGAAUUAAAAGUUGAACUUAUUGUUAUGCUGCAGCCGCCUGAUCUUCAAGAUAUUACUUGCUGCUCAAUCACUCUUGCAAGUAGCGAGUUUAAACCGACUCCUUAUUUGACCAUCAGAGCGAGAGAAACUGUGAAAAUGGAAUAUUAUACGUCACAGAAGUUGCUGCUUAUUGAUAAUUCCGAGGUAAGUCGUAAUUCCGAGGUUGACAGUUUCACAGUUUUCAAUUUUAUGUUUAAUGUAACAACUUCAUCGCAGGAACAAUCGAGGGAACAAUCUGUUACUAUAUUGAAUUUAACAGAGUGGAAACCAGGAAAGAAUCAACCACCACCGCCGGUUACGGUGAUGGUGAAGUUUUGGCAUGUUGUAGGAAGAAUUGCGAAAGGCGAUGGACCGAUUGUUACGCUUUGCCAUGAUGGCGUAACUGGGUGCGGUCUCUAUUUAGCAAUGAGUUUUUUAUUAGAGAGAAUGGCCAUUAAAAGAGAAUGCGACGUUUGUAUGGCGGUACGAGUUGUUAAACGAGCGAGAUCAGAUUUCGUUCAUUCUCUGGAACAACUGGAAUACCUAUACAAUGCUGCCUUAAUAUUUGUGAACUUUGAGUCUUAUGCAAAUUUCUCGUAAAAUUUAAAUAAAUUAUCUAUUUAUAAAAUUGAUGUAAUUAUUAUGUAACGAUUGAAUUUAUAAAGUAACGAUUAAAUAAUAAAAAGUGAAAUGUAAAUACGGGUGUGUGUGCCACGUAUGUAUAUGUAAUUAAUAUCUACAUUAAGUAUGAUAUUUGCAUGAGAGAAUCAUUGGAUAAAGAAAUAAGCUCACUGUAAUUUACAAUAAAUGUGACCAUAUUACAGUUAAAAUAAAAUAUUUAUUACAAAUAAAGCUUUUAUUUCCCUUUGAUUACUUUGUACUUUUAAACCAAUAAUUUGUAAAAUAAAACUAAAGCAAUUUUUUAUUUUAAUGAAGUAAUUGAAUGUGGUCUCUACGUGCGUUAUAUUUUUUGCUGGCAUAAAUGUUAAUAGAGAAAGAGCAUAUCAUUUCUGAAUUUCAAGAUAAUGCUUAUCGUGUAACUACCUGUCGUUAAUUCAACGAUUUUGCAACCUUGUAGCCUACUCAAAGCUAAUUUUUAUCAUUUUAUCACCGCCGAUUGAUGGGAGUGGUGGAGAAAUCAAAAACACAUAUAUACAGCAAGAAUCAAAUCAAAUACGAAUAGCAUGCUUUAACACA